AUGGAAUCCCGAACUCGCCUUGAUGUCGCCGGUUCCAGUGAGAGACGUCAGGACCAGGUACCAGUUGCUGCCAAUACUGCUGAAACGGCAUCCAGAGGUCACGGCAUCAGUGCUCACGGCAUCAGUGCUCACGGCUCAGAUGUCACGGCACUCUUCCAAGAGAUCGCGCUGCUCAAACAGGAAAUAUUGAGAGGUUUUCAAGGAGGAGAGCCACCAGUUGAAGCAGGCGAUCGCUCGACUUGA